AUGAGGGCCAGUGCCUGGAUCAAGCAGGUCAGAGGAAGAGCGUGUACUGAAGUCCAGUCAAGCCAAACAUUCCAGUGUCCGGAAGGCAACAGGACCCACAGCAUCCUGAGGGAGUGUGGAACAAACACCAAGGGAGCCCGGAAAUGCACUUCGGAGCUGCAUGUGGAGGGAGAACCGUGCUGGAUUCACAGAGAAAAAUCUCACAGACUCUCUCUGCGCCAGCAGCUCAAGAUACUAAAAGGAAAGAAGGCCAAGGGGAAGAAGGUGGUCCCGGUUCCCACAAUGGUGAAGAAGCAGAAGGCCAAGAAGGUGGUGAACCCUCUGUCCAAGAAAAGGCCAAAGAACUUUGGCAUUAGGCUCAGCACCUCCCAAGACUUGGAGCCCAAGAGGGACCUCACCCACUUUGUCAAAUGGCCCCACUACAUCUGGUUGCACCAGCAAAGAUCCAUCCUCUACAAGCGGCUGAAAGUACCUCCUGCUAUUAAUCAGUUCACCCAGGUCUUGGACUGCCAAACAGCUACUCAGCUGCUUAAGCUGGGCCACAAGUACAGACCAGGAACAAAGCAAGAGAAGAAGCAGCGACUAUUGGCCCAGACUGAGAAGAAAGCUGAGGGCAAAAGGGAUGUCCCCACUAAGAGACCACCUGUCCUUAGAGCAGGGGUUAACACGGUCACCACCUUGGUGGAGAGCAAGAAGGCUCAGCUGGUGGUGAUGGCCCAUGAUGUGGAUCCCAUUGAGCUGGUUGUCUUCCUGCCUGUCCUGUGUCAGAAGAUGGGGGUCCCUUACAGCAUUAUCAAGGGGAAGGCCAGGCUGGGGCGUCUGGUCCACAGGAAGAGCUGCACCACUGUGGCCUUCAUGCAGGUUAACUCAGAAGACAGAGGAGCUCUGGCUAAGCUGGUGGAAGCUAUCAGGACCAAUUACAAUCACAGAUACCACGAGAUCCACCAUCACUGGGGAGGCAACAUCCUGGGUCCGAAAUCUGUGGCUCGCAUUGGCAAGCUGGAAAAGGCAAAGGCUAAAGAACUUGCCACUAAACCGGGCCAAAUGGAUGAGAAGCACACAAGACACUUUGUUUCUGGGCUGCAGCCUGGACACAGGAAGAAACCAAACAAGGCUGGAAACUACCCCUCAAAGAACUAG